AUGAUAAACCGAUGGAACUUAAGAGCACUCAAAGGACUCGCUGAAGAGUACAACGAUAAAUUGGAUAAAUAUUUUGACAAAAUUGAACUCCAAAGAAAUCAAAUCGAACGACUUGAGAAAGAAUGCCGACGCCAUCGCGAAGAAAAAAUGGAGCUCAGACAGGAACUACGCAGGCUCAGAUUGCAGAGCUCUCUGAGCUUAACUUCUUUCUCUCCGAACUGCUGCGCCUCUUUGUCUCCUACCGUCCGUAUUUAA